AUGUUAAAAAAAUAUUUGACGCUUUGGUUAAAGCGCAACAAUACUUUAUAUUCUCAUAUUAUAUUGCCAAAUGAUUACAAUGAUUUACGUUUACCAAAAUUAAAAAAUUUAGAAUUUCAAAUAGAAGAUGAGACAGAAGUUAAUGCAGAAAUAGCUGAUGAUGAGACUGAAUUAUUAAAUGAGACAGAAGAUAAUGUAGAAGUAGCUGAUGAUGAGACUGAAUUAUUAAAUGAGACAGAAGGUAAUGCAGAAGUAGCUGAUGAUGAGACUGAAUUAUUAAAUGAUCCGAUAGAAGAGAUAAAAAAUGAUAUGUUAGAAGGUCAACGGAAAGCAAUGUUGACUCAAGUGACUAAUGCUGAAAAUGAUGGCUAUUACGAACAAUAUACCAUCUAUCCCUUAUAUGAAAAGAAAGCAAAUAAAACUGCGACAGCUUUAUAUCAAAUGUUAAAAAUUCAGGAUUUGCCUCUGAACAAUCGUGAGCAACAUUUAGAUUUAAUGUGUUUUCCAGAUUUAUAUUCUUCUGGUAUUAAUGGACAACCCGCAGAAUACCUAGACGCAAUGUCGAAAGAAUUGUUGGAAUCUAAUUUGAGUACAAUAUUUGCCACACUUCGAAAUACGGAGCAAUAUUGGUGUAAACCGAGAAACGAUUUAAAUUGUAUGACGCAGCAUUAUGGACCUGCGACAUGGUUUUUAACACUCAGUCCAAGUGAGUGGUUGUGGGAAGAUUUAGGUGAAUAUAUUCGUGAAGUAAAUGAAUGGCAUGACGCUUCCUUAAGCGUUAGCGCACUCGUUGUUAGAGAUCCAGUAUCAACAUCCAGGUUUCUCGAUAAUAAGUUUCGGGCAAUGCUUGACUUUAUUAGGUCUAAAGAUCAUCCAAUUGGAGAAGUAACGCACUAUUUCUGGCGACGAGAAUAUCAAGGUAGAGGACGUAAAGUUAUUCGUCGAUGUCGUUUUGGAUUUCCUCGUCCCGUUACUGAAACUUUGAAUAUCAGGGAUGUGGCAACUUCGAUAGCCGGUAGAAAACAAUUGAAACAUAAAAGUAGACUUUACGAUCUUCCUCGAACGGAUAAUGAAGGUAAUAUAAAUGACUAUAAUCCUGUUCUUCUUACUGCAUGGGAAGGUAAUAUGGAUAUACAAUUUAUUGGUGAAAAAUCAUCGCUGCUAACCUGUAAGGAUAACAAAAACAAAUCAUUAGCGAGUCAUCUUUGGAAUAUUGCUUUGCGAUUUACGAAUAAUAGAGAAUGUGGAGCUCUCGAAGCUGCUGAUACAUUGUUAGAUAUAUUUUAUCAAUCUUUGACAGAUGAUCAUUAUCCACAUAGACCAAACGAAUUAGAAAAUACGUCUCUUUAUGAAUUUGCACAGUGGUACGAUAUCUCAAAGAUCAAACCGAAAAAUAAGUUUAUUGAAUAUUAUAAAAUAGGUAAUGGUUGUUAUCUUAAACGGCGACAGCGCGGAUAUCUUAUUAAUCAUUUUAGAUAUAAUGUUAAUACACAGCCGGAAAAUUAUUUCUUUGCGUUAUUGCUUAUGUUUAAACCAUGGCGAAAAUUAGAGGAUCUUAAAAAUGAAUGCGAUACUUAUACCGAAUCGUUUCACAAAGUAAAACUGCAUCUUAAAGAAGCAUUGCAAUAUCAUGAAAGAUUAGAAGAAUUGCAAAAAGCAUUUGAAACUGCAAAACAGUUAGUUCAGCAAUGCUUAGAUGACGAUUUGCAAAAAGAGCAGUCUCAGGAUGAUCCUGAAAAUGCAAUAGGUAUUCAAAAUAUAGAGGCUGGUGAAGCAAUGCAAGAUUUUAAAGAUCUUGGUGAUAGAGCAAUUCAAGAAAUUGAUGUAUCUGACAUGAUAGUAAAAUUAAAUACGGAUCAAAAACGAGUAUUUGAUAAAGUUACCAAUGCUGUAGAGUCCGAUAAAUCAAUAUUACGAUUAUAUGUUAGCGGAGAAGGUGGUACUGGAAAAAGUUUCUUAAUCAAGACUAUUAAAUGCUGGAUAAAACAAAAUCUCAACAAAGAUACUGCUGUAACAGCACCUACUGGUAUAGCAGCAUUUAAUAUAGAUGGUUUGACAGUUCAUAGAUUGCUUCAAUUACCCGUUGAACAUGGUCAAACUCAUAAGUAUAAACAAUUAUCUGAUUGUGUAUUAAAAGUUUUACGAACAGAUCUUAAAGAUGUUAUUCUUUUCGUAAUUGAUGAAGUGUCAAUGAUAUCUAAUUUGACUUUAAUAUAUAUUCAUCUUCGAUUGUCUGAGAUAUUUGAUACUAGUGAUUGCGAUGAUGGUUGGUUUGGUCGAAAGCAUAUUCUUUUAUUCGGAGACUUGCUUCAAUUGCCUCCUGUACGCGAAGAUCUUAUCUUUACACAUUUAUCCGAUCAAAAAAUUGCUAAUUAUCUUGGUUCUUUAAAUGCUGUUAAUUUAUGGAUUACAUUAUUUGAAUAUGAUGAAUUGAUAAUCAAUAUGCGUCAGCAAGGAGAUAAUUCAUACCGUGAAUUAUUGUCGCGAAUUCGUAUUGGUUUAGUGACAAAAUCUGAUUGUAAAAUUCUAGAGAGUAGAAAAAUAUCUUUCAAAGCUGAUUCUUUCGAAUCUAGAUUAAAUGAAUUAUGUGAUUUUAUUAACAGUUUAUCAUCGGACACUGUUUGUUUAUUUCCUACUUGUAAUAUGUGUGAUGUCAAUAAUGCAAUGUUAAGUCGCAUUACUUCCAAAGAAAUAUUAUUAAUUGCUGAAGAUACGAUUGAUUGUACAUCAUAUGUAAAAAAGAAAGUAUUAAAAGUAUUGUCAAAUAACGAUGAUGAUAGUUCUCGAACAGCUGGACUUUCAAAACAAAUUACAAUUAAAAUUGGAGCAAAAGUUAUGAUUCGGCGUAACAUCGAUGCCAGUUUGGGUCUUGUAAACGGUACAAUUGCUAAAGUAAUUUCAAUUGUACGAGAAACAUCUACUGAUGACGUAGAAAAGAUUAAACUUCUUUUACCAUCAGGUUUAGAAUAUGAAAUUGAAAGAGUAACGGCUAAAUUUCAGGUAUUGGAUAGAGCGUAUGUGAUUCGAAAACAAUUUCCAUUAUCUUUAAGUUAUGGCAUCACUAUUCAUAAAAGCCAAGGAUUAAGUUUGCAAAGUGUUGUUAUGGAUAUUGGCAACUCUGUAUUUAGUUGUGGUCAAAUUUAUGUUGCCUUGUCGCGAGUAACAUCUCUAGAAGGAGUGCAUUUAAUAAACUUUGAUCCUUCAGCAGUAAUAGCUAACGAAAAAGUUAUUAUUGAAUAUAAUCGUUUAAAACAGAUAUACAAUCCGAAAGCAGAAAUGAUUGCUGUGUCAAAAGAACGUUGUCCACAAGAUGGUAAAUUAAUAAAAGCAGAAAACAAAUUUAAUUUAUGUGCUGUUCCAACAACUAAAGUAUUAAUAGCGGGACAAUUGUACAAGACGAUGAGUGCUAUACUUUAUGAUAGUUCGUGCACCGAUGAAGGUCAUUAUGAUGAUAUGUGGACUGCCAUAAGCCAAUCAUUAAAUGCUACUAGAAAUGGACCGCAAAAGCAAGCCAAAGAAUGGCAAAAG